CGCCACCAGAGAAAUUUAUUCCCCGGGAUCUGUAUGACUGCAUCAAAGCCUUGUUUUGCCUCUGAUUCCCAUUAUUCAGCAGGCACCACUUGCUGUGUCUUCCCGGCUGGACAGUUGUAAAUAUCGAGCCCAGUUUUGCGAGUGCUGCUCAAACUUCAACAGUGCCACGGCUUCUGAUUUGAAACCAACAGAAGGUUGCUAGUAUUUACUGCAAACCCCUCCUGCCAUUACCCUGCUUCCAACCGCCUCCUAAAACAACAAGCACCGACUCUUGGUACCUUCGACGCGAUGGCGACCAUCUCUGGCAGUAGGACAGCUCCGCCCAGCGAUGUAUCAAGAAUGGAGUCCACGCACCCCUACACAUGUAACACAUGUCAAGUCGCUUUUCGCAAUAGCGACUUACAAAGGGGUCACAUGCGUAGUGACUGGCACCGCUACAACCUAAAGCGCCGUGUUGCUCAGCUACCGCCUAUCUCUUCCGAGGUAUUCACCGAGAAGGUCCUCCGGGCUCGAGCGGAGACUACUGCACAGGCAGACAAGGCCGGCUUCGAGCGGACUUGCGAGACAUGCCAGAAGACAUACUACAGCGAGAAUUCGUUCCGCAAUCACCUCAGCAGCGCGAAGCACAAGGCGAGGGCUGCCGCUUUGGUAUCGCGGUCCGACAGCAAGAUCGAUGAUGAGGCGAGCUCCAUGUCCUUCUCCCUGGGCGAGCCUGCGGCCGAGUCAGUGGUAGACUCGGAAGCUGAGGAGGAGUUCAACGAGGUUGUCGAAGGGAUGAAGAAUGCCGCAAUUCACGACAGCACAUCUCCCGUCAAGCGGCCUUCAAAUCCCCACUUGUCUGCUGAAGCACAGAACAAACCAGAACACCCCUUGUCGCGGGCUUCCAGCGAGGAUGAGACUCCCUCCAAGACUCCUCUGGCGCCAACCCCGACCAUGGCCAAGCCUCUUGCGCCAACACCGUCACUCAACACUUGCCUCUUCUGCAACUACGACUCCCCGACAGCGCCCCUCAAUGUCACACAUAUGGAGCGCAUUCACGGCAUGUUCAUUCCGGAAAAGCAGUAUCUGGUGGACCUUGAAGGCCUGCUCGCCCACCUUCAAGAGCAGGUUUUUGCACUAAACGAGUGUCUCACCUGUGGCAAAGUGAAAGCGAACGUCUAUGCUGUGCAGACGCACAUGCGUGAUAAGGGUCACUGCCAAAUCCCCUACACCACUGAGGAGGAGCAACUCGAGAUUGGCGAGUUCUAUGACUUCCGCAGCACCUACUCAGAUGAGGAAGGGGGAUCAGAGGAUGAGUCUGAAGACGAGACACAAGAAAAUGGGGGUGCCAAACUCGGUGCCAAGCGCGAGAGCAAGGUCACCGGCGACGACGGCGACGAAAUCAUGGAAGACGAAAAUUGGGAGACGGACAGUGAAGCAUCCUCGCUGGACUCUGACGAUCUCCAUGCAGUCCCUGCAGAGCAGCACUACCAUCAGUACGAACGUUUGGACAAGCACCCUCACCACUCCCGUAGUACUACUCGUGCCCAUCAUCAAGCGGAUGGCUGGCAUGCACGCUCCCACAGACGCGUCCAUGCUGUCUUCUACGAUGACUAUGAGCUCCAUCUCCCAUCUGGGAGGUCUGUCGGUCACCGGUCACUCAAUCGGUACUACCGUCAAAACCUCUACAACCACCCCACAGCAGAGGAGCGAGCUGAGCGUCUUGCUAUUGAGUCUGCCGAGAGGGAGAAUCAGAUGGAGGUUGAUGGCGGUGCCCGUCCGGGCAGAGAGGCUACUGCACGCGGGCGUGCACUGAUCCCGAGGGACUUGCAAGGACUGGGCGCUACUACUCUUUCAGAUCGUCGCAUCAGAGCGGUAGUGAACAAGGGUCGGAAGCAAGAAUGGGCCAACCAGAAGAGCAAAGGAAUGCUGCACACCCGGCUGGCAAUCAAGGAGAAGGCUGCUCAUCCGGCCACCUACUUGCGUUGAGCUCUUGGGUUUUCAAGUGUGCGGCUAUGGCCAGCCAGUGCAACUCGAGAGGCUUACGGGUUGCAGACCGACAGCGAAUCAUAGGUGAUCAGGAGUCCGUGGACAUGAACCUGAAGCGUUGAAUCCGCGUCGCGGAACUACUAUAGGUUGGUUAUGUGGGAAAUACUGUGAUGUGCAGGCGCAGCCUGAAGGCCUAUGGCCAUAUGCAAAUAAGGGCCUCCUUCGGUACUCUAAGGAAUCUGAAAAUAAAAAGCUGGCAACCUAAACACUGGCAC